CGCCGCCGCACCGCAUGGAGAGAGAGUAGUACCAAAUACAAAGGAGCAAUCGCAUUCGCAGCAGCAGCAGUGGCAGCAGAGUUGAAAAAGUUUGCGGGCGGGUUACACAAAAAAGACGAGUGCUCGAAGAAAUUUGUGAAUAACUCCAGCAAAACGAAUUUUAUUAAUUGGAAUUUAUCAAUAAAAAUUGGAGAAAAGUGCAAGUGCAUUGUGGUAAUUGAAGAAAAUGUUGUUAAUUGAUUUAAUGAUAUGUCCAUGAAACGACCCAACGAUAUUUGAAUGUAAACAUAUGUACACGGAUACAAACAUACAUGUACAUACAUGCAUAUAUGAAAGUAGCGAAAAGUGCGAGCAAAAUAAAGCCGAAUGAAAGUAAGAAAAAAUAAGUAGUGCAGCAGAUUAGUGUGUGUGUUUAACGAUAAAAAUAAUAUAAAAUUAAAUUAAAUUACAACAGAACGAAAGAACAAACCGCACAAAACCUUAAAAAAAAAUAAGUGAAAUACAUAUGUACAUACAUAAAUUUCGUAAGAAAAAUCCACAAUUACAUAAGUGAGUUUUUGCGAACAUAUUUCAAUCGCUACAACAAAAUUAAUUCAAGUGAACAGCAACAUCCGUUAAUCGGCAAACUAAAAAAGAAAACCCAAACAACAACAAAAUAUCACAACAACUUGUGUUCAACAAAAAACGCGCUUUACACCAACAAUUGCAUUGCAAUAAAUUCGCCGUAAUCGAAGCCAUUUGAUUAUUUCACUUCGCUAACCGCAUAAAAGGAAACAAAAACAAAAACAUAAAAGAAAAUGGGUUGCACAACAUCGGCCGAGGAACGUGCAGCGCUCCAGCGUUCAAAGCAAAUCGAAAAGAAUCUCAAAGAGGAUGGCAUUCAGGCGGCAAAAGACAUCAAACUUUUGCUGCUGGGUGCUGGUGAAUCGGGUAAAAGCACAAUUGUCAAACAAAUGAAAAUUAUCCACGAAAGCGGGUUCACCCCAGAGGAUUUCAAACAAUAUCGGCCGGUUGUAUACAGCAACACAAUACAAUCAUUAGUUGCAAUACUUAGAGCGAUGCCAAUACUCGGUAUUGCGUAUCACAAUAAUGAACGGGAGAAUGAUGCAAAAAUGGUAUUUGAUGUUUGCCAACGCAUGCACGACACGGAACCAUUCUCAGAGGAGCUUUUGGCUGCCAUGAAGCGAUUGUGGCAGGAAGUUGGCGUUCAAGAGUGCUUCUCACGUAGCAACGAAUAUCAAUUGAAUGAUUCAGCUAAAUAUUUCCUCGACGAUUUGGAUCGGUUAGGUGCCAAGGAUUAUCAACCGACCGAACAGGAUAUUCUACGCACGCGUGUCAAGACGACCGGUAUUGUUGAAGUGCAUUUCUCAUUUAAAAAUCUCAAUUUCAAACUAUUUGAUGUUGGCGGCCAGCGUUCGGAGCGAAAGAAGUGGAUCCAUUGUUUCGAAGAUGUGACAGCGAUCAUUUUCUGUGUCGCAAUGUCUGAGUAUGAUCAGGUUUUGCAUGAGGAUGAGACUACGAAUCGUAUGCAAGAGUCAUUGAAGCUCUUCGAUUCGAUUUGCAACAAUAAAUGGUUCACUGAUACAUCCAUCAUUUUGUUCUUGAAUAAGAAGGAUUUGUUUGAGGAGAAGAUUCGCAAGAGUCCAUUGACAAUCUGCUUCCCUGAAUAUACAGGAGGUCAAGAAUACAGCGAAGCUGCUGCUUACAUUCAAGCUCAAUUCGAAGCGAAAAACAAAUCAACCUCAAAGGAAAUCUACUGCCACAUGACGUGCGCCACAGAUACAAAUAAUAUACAGUUUGUUUUCGAUGCUGUUACCGAUGUCAUUAUUGCCAACAAUCUGCGUGGCUGCGGUUUGUAUUAAGCASAAACAACAACAACAUCAACAGCAGCAUCAGCAGUUAAGUCCAGCGCAGCAAACGAACCAAACAACGCAUGGCGAAAAAUCAUUGUCGGACUCCAUCACCACCGCUUCAGUUACAACAACUACAAUUAUGAUAACAACAACAAUAAUUAUGUUAACAUAACAACAAAUGGCACGAGUGCAGCCAGCACUAAAGCGACUACUAAAAAUUUUCAACAGAAAAUGUUCGAAUAUUCAGACAUUUUUCGAAAACUAAGAAAACUAACCUCAACUACUGAGCUCAUGUCAGUGAUAAUGACAGAUUUAAGUAUUUUUGCCGUAUGCAAUGUGCUGGCGAACAGUUAAUUUAUUUUAAAAGUAUUGUAAAAAUUAUUUUUGAUGCCAAUAUUUUACUGUUAACUUCAUAAAAUAAUCGAUAACAACUGAAAUUACAAGAAAUUGCCAGAAAUUGAUGUACAUACAUACAUGUAAAUGCCAAUGAUGGCGGUGAGCGAUGGAUAACUGUUUAAAUGAUUUGUUAACGCGUUGCACUAAACAAAUUGGCGCUGAAGGCGUAAGCUAAAACAGUUGCCACAGCGGUAACACACACAGCAGUGGAGGAGUGAAAUGUACAUUUUAGUCAAGCAAAUUGAACAAAAACCAACGCACACAUACAUACACCCACGUACAUACACAUAAACAGACGCACACACCAGAAACAUUAUUACUAAUUAAGCUUACUAAAAAACAA